AUGUUCCACUCUGAUAACAGUGGUGAUACUGAUUCCACCAAUUUAACGGGGUCUCAUUUACUUCAGACGCAGAAUACCAUUCCUCAGUCGGAGAUAAUAGAUUCUAUCACUUCGUCUAAUGCAUCAGAACGUAAUCGACCAUUCAUAAACGAGGAUGAAGAAUUUGAAGAAGGUACUGAAAUAGAGGAUGAAGAUCGUUCAGAUAUCGUCAAUGAUCAACCCACGGUAGAACAGAUUCAACGUGUUUAUUAUACAAAAGGUUUGGAAGAAUUGGAAUCCUUGAAAUUAUUGGAUUUAUCUCCUCUAGCCAAUUGGAAAUUAUCAUCAUUCAAACCAGGUUUUGCUAUUAAUCAAUUACGAGACGAUACUCCUGAUUCUUACUGGCAAAGUGAUGGUAGUAAUGGGUCCAACAACAAUAAUUCCAAUAACAAUAGUGGGGUCAUUACCAAUAACCAAUUGAGUAACCCACAUUCCAUAACUAUUCAGUUUUCUAAACGAGUGUCACUUGAAAGGAUAUCAAUAUUCACUAAUUAUAACUUGGAUGAAUCUUAUACGCCUUCCAAGAUCAAGAUUAUGGCAGGAUCGUCAGAUGGGUGGGAUUUGAGUGAAGUUUGUACAGUGAAUUUCAAUAAACCUGUAGGUUGGUCUCAUAUAAUUUUCAAUGGUAUAAGGAAUGAUGGAGUAUUGAAAUGUUUCAUGGUAAAAUUGAUCAUUCUAGCAAAUCAUCAAGAUGGUAAGGAUACUCAUAUCCGUGCUCUCAAAUGUUUUGGUAAGAAACUACUGGUUAGUAAUCAAUUACCUCAUCAUAGUCAUUCGUUAACCAAUGAAGAGAUUCUUAAAGAUUUGAGUCUUACAAGUGCUAUAAGUAAUUCUGGAUUUCUGAACUCAGCAUUUCUGAAUUCUGGAUUUCUGAUGAACCUGAUGAAUCAUCUGAUUGAUUUUUCAAGAAAUAUCACUCAUGAUGAAGAAGAUGAAGAUCAACCGAUGGAUAAGAACGUAGCGAAGUAUUUAAACAAUGCCAGUAAUGUCAUUGGCUUCAAUACAGGGUUCCAGAGUUUACCAUUAAAGAGUGUUUCUAACAUAAGAUAG